UCUAUCGAUAUGAAACUGCGGAAAUGUCAAAAUAAAUCAAACUUAGCUCUACAUGUGCAUCAAAACAAACACAAUUUCCAAAACGUUGAACAGUUUUACAUAAAAUUCAGUGAGCAAUGCCAUUUAUUUGGGACGAUAAUCAGUAUCAUUUCGUCGACGAUGAGGAUGAAUACGAUAAGAAUCGGUUUAUAAUCGUGCGAAAGUUGUUUGUCACACUGAAUAAGGAUGAAGCUGAGUUACCGGAAAAUCAACAGUUUGAUGAGGCGUUCAUCGAAAGGCAGUUGAGGAAAUUCGGAGAAAUUGAAUCGAUGGAAAUGUGUAAAGGCAGUGUAAAUGCCGCAGCGUAUGUGACAUAUGCUGAUGAUCGAAAUGCAUAUCUUGCUGUGGCACAUAAUGAACUCGAAGGUAGACGCAUUAACCGAGUGUUCAACAUACAGCCUGCUGAUACUUGGAAACAGCCCACACUAGACACAUCUUGUGAAACUAUCGAAAUUGACGAAGAAUUCACACCUGCAUUUUUGACAUUGAAUGAAGAUUGCAUGUUGGAGAUUUUCAAAUAUGUCGAUUUCGACGGACUGGUUAAUUUAUCUGAAGUCUGUAAGCUGUUUCAUCGAUUGCUUCACUCCCAUUUCUUUCCACGUUACCGUACAUUUGUGGUUGAAAAUAAUACAUCGAUAGUGACGAUGCCGUUGGCUAAAAUGCGUCGAUCAUUAAUGUGCAUCGGACCAUACAUCAGUGAAUUAAAAUUCUGGUGGCACCAUUUUGAUCACAACAAUCGACUGAAACGAUUUUUAGAUAUAUUAGGCCAAUUGAUUGGGAAAAAUAUACGACGAGUGUGCUUUCGUGAUAUUAUUCUUACUGACGAUCACGUUCCAGCUAUUCGUGACAUCCUUAGCCGUUUGGAAACAUUAGAAAUCACCGUUUACAAUCCAGAUUAUGAUUUAGAUUUAGAUUUUGGAGUCAUAUGUCCGAACUUACGAAAACUCAAAUUAUUGGAGAAUAUGCAAUUGCUCCGAAGUUGUCGUCCGUGGCCCACAUUACAGCAUUUAUCAAUUGUGGGCAAUGAAUACAUGGUGUUGAAUACAUUUCGUUCCUUUUUGUCGCAAAAUCCACAAAUUAAAUGUUUAAAAUUCACCGCUUAUCACGCUGAUGAACGCCUUCAAGCCGUGGCACAAAAUUUACCAAACGUAGAAAAGUUGACAAUUUUACCGUCAUUUCCAAAUCUCAACGCAUUGAAUAUCGUUUACUUGAGCUCGCUCAAAAACCUAACAAAACUAAACCUGAUGUAUUUGGAUGAAGCCGAUCUGAACGAAAUUCUUCGAUGUUUGACGCGAUUCAGUGCAUUGCGUGUUCUGAAACUCCAUCUGUUAUAUGACGGUGGCGAAUCAGACGCACACUACGAGCCAAAUCAACAGUCAUUGAUUGCUCUAGCACAGGAUCUACCGAAUUUGGAAGUGUUUUGUACGCGUUACAUCAAAUGGAAAGAGUCGACGGUGAUCGAUUUUUUACGCUUCUCAUGUCAACUUCGUGCCUUGCACAUUCACUGGUGUGAUUUAGUAAUGACCAAUUCGAUGAUUUGGAAAAUUGUUAAAGCUUUAAAAAACAGUAGACCACAGCCACAGACAAUGCCGUUGAACAUGUUUGUGAAUCCGAGCGAGAUUAACGGCGUUCAAAUGAUUUCCGACCCAGAUAUCAUACGCUAUCUAAUUGUCAACACCAAAUGCCGCCAUGCCGGUGACGAAUGAUUAUCAUCAUUUUUUCAAGAGCAAUUGUUACAGUUUUAAGAUAUUUCGAGUGCAUGUUGCAGUGUUAAUAACCUUUUUAGACACAAAUAGUUGGGCAAACAAAAUGAAAUAAAUUUUUUUAACAAAUAAUCGAAGCAAUGCAUGUUGUUGGGAUUGUUGAAAUUGAAAUAAAAGAAAAUAAAUGAUUGCAGAAAAA